GUCACUGCUGGCGACUUCUUCACAUUAAUGGGGUCCCUUCCUUCCUAUAAAAGGUGAACCCGCUUUCAUUUCAUUUCAUUGCAUGCAUCUAGACGCUAAUCUGCAAAAGGAUUCUGAUUCUCUCUCACUGAAAGAAAGACAACAAUGUCAACAGCUGUGCAACAAGUUCUUCCUGCACCAUUAACUUCCACCUCUGAUCUACUUCCACUUUUUGACGGAACCACCAGGUUAUACAUCAGUUAUAUUUGUCCCUUCGCACAACGUGCAUGGAUCACUAGGAACUAUAAGGGAUUACAAGAUGAGGUCAAACUGGUUCCUUUGGACCUUUCAAACAGGCCUGCUUGGUAUAAGGAGAAAGUUUACCCCGAAAACAAGGUGCCAUCAUUGGAGCACAAUGGGAAGGUCUUGGGAGAAAGUCUUGAUUUGAUCAAGUAUAUAGAUGCCAACUUCGAAGGGCCAUCUCUGGUUCCAACUGAUCCUGCAAAGGAAGAGUUUGGUGAACAGUUAAUUUCCGAUGUUGAUACAUUCACCAAAGACGUGUACUCUGCAUUCAAAGGAGAUCCUAUCCCACAAGCUAGUCCUGCCUUUGAUUACUUGGAGAAGGCUCUUGGUAAAUUUGAUGAUGGCCCAUUCUUUCUUGGUCAAUUUAGUUGGGUGGAUGUUGCCUAUAUACCAUUUGUUGAAAGAUUCCAGAUCGUCUUUUCUGAGGUGUUCAAACAUGAUAUAGGGGAAGGAAGGCCUAGACUUGCAGCGUGGAUUGAGGAGGUGAACAAGAUUGACGCUUAUACACAGACUAGAGCUGACCCUGCGGAACUCCUUGACCUUUACAAGAAACGGUUUUUGGCUCAACAGUGAAAACUGGGUUACAGUGAGCUCUCUCAAAGGUGUAGAUUGUGGGAAAUAAAGCAUCAUGUGUGUUUCUGGGAUGCUUCAUUAGUCAAAAGUUGGUGUGUUUGUCCGCUAGAGUUGCAUAGCUUGAAUGUGAUAUUUAUUUGAUGUGAGACUUGUGAUGAUGUUUAUCAGUUUAUGUACCAGCUUGUGAUGCUGAUUACCAUUGUGAUGAUGUAUAAAUAAUCUUGAAUCAUCGUUGCUAGUGACUGAAUUAUCUUCUUUCUAUUCCUGUUAACCAUGAUGAUGAGUGAUGAAAUCUGUCAUUUUGUAA